AUGGCUUGUAUCAAUCCACGAAAUAUUCCCGAAAUCCUCCUUCCUCAGCCAACAUCCAGGAAACAGAAAAUUGAGGCUCUAGGCCUUUUAAAUGCAUACUCGUUUAUUUAUAGCCAAGGCACAGGUUUAGCAAUUGUGCAUGAAAAUGAAUUUGUUGUACAAGGGGACAAUUACCUUGGGUUGACUGAAAAGAUUGCAGGUUGCCUUGCCAGUGAUGGAAGAUACCAAGAAGCAGAGAUACUUUACAAGAAGCUGACGAGGAUCAAUCAGGACAAAGCUGGCUCAGAACAUUCCUCCACUCUGAGAAGCAUGGCGAACCUAGCAUCAACCUACCGGAAUCAGGGUCGAUGGAACGAAGCCGAGAAGCUGGAGGUGCAAGUAAUGGAGACAAGGAAGACAGUGCUAGGAGCUGAGCAUCCCGAUACUCUAACCAGCAUGGCGAACCUUGCCUUUACUUGGAAAUUCCAGGGCAAGCUACAGGAUGCCUUGAGUUUAAUGGAUAAAUGCUGUCACCUGCCCAGCAAAGUAUUAGGGCCUAGUCACCAGUAUUCCAGGUCAUUCUCUUGUACUCUCAGUGACUGGAUGGAUGAGUAUAACACCUUACCAAAGCAAACGACGCUCACUAGGAAAGAAUGUCCGCAAGCUCUGCGCGAAGUUUCAGCAGGACCUCCAGCAGCUGUGGUAACCGCGCAGUUGGUCCGUGAAGAGCACAUCAAUCUACCUUAUACCCAAAGACGAUCGGCUGCUAAAUUAUUGCUCAGAAACCAUCCUCUUAUUAUCGCUACUAGAACACCCUCGCCCGCGCCUGAAGACCAAGACUUACAAGAUGUGGAUUAA